AUGUCGUCUGAGUCACCUACACCAACCCUUCUAGACACCCAAAAGCUCGAACAGGGACAGCAGUCUCUGGAGCCCAUCGUCGUUGAGUUCGAGACUGGAGACACUAGAAAUCCGGUGAACUGGUCAAGGGGGAGAAAAUGGUUUAUGACUCUGGUGGCGUGUAUAUUCACGGUCACGACAGCUGCUGCCGCUGGGGCGUACAACAUGGGGUUCACGUCCAUGACGCGGGACCUUAAUUGUACCAAUUUCCAAGCCACCAUUGGUCUCAGCGUCUAUCCCCUCGGAUACGGUGUCAUUUCUAUGUUAACCGUCUCAUUCAGCGAGGAAUUCGGGCGACACAUCAUCUAUCUGUUUUCCAGCCUGGGCUUCACUGUGAUGUUCACGCUCAUCGCACUGGGACCGAAUAUUCAGAUAGUCAUCUUAGCGCGAUUCUUACAGGCGGCGUUCGCCGCCACAGGAGCAACCAUGGUUGGCGGUACUAUUGCAGACAUGUGGGAAUCACACGAACGAGGGAUCCCAAUGGCCACAUUCUCUUAUGCAGCCUUUGCUGGUAUUGCUCUUGGACCUAUCGUAGGCGGUUGGAUCGAGAUGAAUCCCAGACUCCAGUGGCGGUGGAUUCAAUGGGUCCAGCUCAUUAUCAACGCUGUAUAUAUCAUCCUAUAUUCCGUGACAAUGCGCGAGACGCGCUCCUCCAUCAUCUUGCUCAGAAUAGCCCGAAAUCUCCGAAAUAAGACCGGAGACGCAAGAUAUAUUGCUCCCGUAGAGAUCCACGGGAGGAAACUCUGGAACCUUGUGUACGUCGCCUGCACUCGCCCUCUCUAUCUCUUGUUGACUGAGCCAAUUGUGGCGAGUUUCAGUCUUUGGAUUGGAUUUGCGUGGGGCGUUACGUACGGCGUCCUCGAGUCCAUUCCUGAAGGAUUCCGCACUUUCCAUCAUUUCAACGAUGGUGAAAUUGGUACCGUGUUCGUCAGUAUGUUAGUGGGAUCUACCCUCGGUUUUCUGAGCAACCUAUACCAAGACAAAAUCUAUGUCAAGUACGUCGCGUUCAGAGGCCCCGAGGCACGGCUCUACUCGGCAUGCGUCGCUGCAAUUAUUCUUCCCGUUGGGAUGUUAAUUUAUGCGUGGACCUCAUUUCCGUUCGUCCAUUGGAUAGCACCAUGCAUUGGGUUUGGGAUAUUCAUGGGUGCCACCUACAUAAUAUUCCUGGUCGUAUGCAACUACCUCGCUGACUGCUAUGGUCCAUACGCGUCUUCUGCCCUUGCUGGAUCCAGUCUCCUCCGAAAUGGUUUUGCAACUGUGUUCCCUUUGUUUAUGCCCCAAAUGUUCGAACAUUUGUCAUACAAGUGGGCAGGGACUUUGAUCGCAGGCGUUGCCGCGCUACUGAUUCCCAUCCCCUUUGUGUUGUUUUUCUUUGGGCCGCAGAUCCGAAGCAGAAGCAAGUUCUCGAUAAGUGUCACAUAA